AUGAGCGAGAGAGGAAGGAAAAGGGUCAUCGAAGAGGAUGAAGAUGAAGAAGAAGUAAAGGCAACUCAAACUCAACAACCACAACACCAACAUAAUAUAACACAACCAUCUCAACAACUACACCUACAAUCACAAUCAACACAACAAUCAGCAUCACAGAAAGCAAGCAUUAAAGAUUAUGUAGAAGGCAGUAUAGUUAGAGUCAAACUCAUCAACUUUGUGACCUACUCAGAGAUUGAGUUUACUCCGGGACCUCGACUCAAUGUGAUUAUCGGUCCCAACGGAUCGGGAAAGAGUAGUAUAGUGUGUGCGCUUGCACUUGGGUUGGGUGGAGGCACCCAUUUGCUCGGCCGUGCCAAACAGGCCAAAGACUUUAUCAAGAAUGGAGAAAAGCAUGCAAUCAUCGAGAUUGAGUUGUUUGUCAAGGGUGGCACCAACGCAAUCGUGCGUCGUGACAUUUACGACGACAACUCUACCACAUUCAGACUCAAUGGCAAGAAGUUGUCUGCGACAGAGCUGCAACGCGAGGUUAUGAAGUUUCAAAUCCAAAUUGACAACCUGUGUCAGUUCUUGCCACAGGACAAAGUCGUCAGCUUUGCGCAAAUGUCAAAGACCGAGUUGUUGGUCGAGACAGAAAAGGCGAUCGGUCUAUUCGACAUGUACGAGAACCACAUGAAGCUGAUCGAGUUUAAAAAGGAGCUGCAGAACCUCAACAACACCUUUCAAGGCCAACAAAACAUUCUAGACGAUCUCAUAAAGAUGAAUGCUUCGAUUGAAAAGGAAGUAGUCAGAUUUCAAGAGCGAAACAGGUUGCUCAAGAAUGUAGAUGAUCUCAACAAAAAAAAGGCGUGGCUCGAGUUUGAAGCAAAGAGAAAGAUUGUCGAUGACUUGAGAAUAAAAAAACAACAAGUCGAAGCAGAUAUGAAACGUUUGGAUACAGAGAAGGCACCUUUGGAACAAAUGGCAAAGUCACUUUUAGAUUCAAUCAACAAUAUUGGACACAACUUGGAAAAGAAAAUUGCAACCGCUCGUCAAGAAGAAACAAAAGUGAAACCAAUCAAUGCAAAAAUAGAGAAAAUGUCGGAAAACAUUGAACGUAGUAAUACUGAUUUGGAUAAUCUUCAAAAGAGAGCUGAAGAAAGAAAGGCUGAAAUUCAAAGGAGUACCAAUGAACUUCAACGUAUUGAAGCUUCUUUACAACAAUUAGCUUCUGAAGAAGAAGUUAAAGAAAAAAUGCAAUUAAAAAAUGUAGAAAUUAAAGAAUUAAAUGAAAAAUUGGGAUCAAUACAAUUUGAAAAGAAUACAUGUAGACAAAAGAGAGAUUCAUUACAAAGAGAAAAAUCAGAUACUGAACAAGAAAUUGCCAAAUUAAAUAAUGUAACACAGAGAAAGUUGGAGGCACUCAAACGUAUAUCACCUCAAUGUUACAAGACCUAUGAAUAUAUUCAACGUAAUUCAAAUCAAUUCCAACACAAGGUAUUUGGUCCUGUUUGUGUAGAACUCAGUGCACACAGUGACCACUAUGCAAAGUUUCUAGAAAAUACCAUCCCAGGUUUCAUGUUGCUUGCUUUUAUUUGUCAAUCCUCUCAAGAUAAAGAUACCCUCUAUAAUUAUACUCGUUCAAAUAAUCUUAGUGGUAUUACUUCAAUUUAUUUAACUAAAGCUCCUGAUUUUAGAAGAGAUUUUCGUAUAGAAGAUUUAAAAGAAUAUGGAUUUGAAUGCUUUUUAGAUCAAACAUUUGAUUGUCCAACUCAAGUUAGAGAUGCUCUUAUAGAAAAUACUCCAUCAAUGGUUAAUUAUCCAUGUGGAACAAACAAAACAAUGCAAUUUGAAGAAGUAAUUUUCCAAAAUACACAUUUAAAUUUAUAUUUUACACCAGAAAAGAAAUAUGCUAGAACCAAAUCUAGAUAUGAUUCAACAGUCAAUAAUAUCAAUAUUUCAGCUCUAAAGGGAAGUAAAGUUUUAUCUUCAUCCGAUGUCGGUAUUGAUGAUAAAAUCAGAGGUUUGCAAGCAAAGGUUGCCCAAAUUGAUGAACAAUUGAGUAAAAUUAUUCAAACUUACCAAUCAUUGGAUGCUAAAGAUAAGGAAAUCAACAAUGACAUUAAAAAAUUACAAGAAGAAAGAACACAAAUCGGUAAAGCAAUUGAUGAAAGAAAAAAAUUAUAUUCAAGAAUGACAAAUACAUCUAGACAAAUUGAAGAACUUAAAAGAGAAGAAAAUACAGAAGAGGAAAAGGCAAAGAUCAAUAGGCAAAUCAAAGAGUUGCAUACCGCCAAGGUUAAAUGUCUUAAUGAAGUCAAUGCAAUCAUCUUUAAUAUAGCGCGUCAUUCUGUAGAUAUUGAUUCCUUUACACUAGAGAAAUCAAAGUUGGAAUCUAGAAGACAAACAGAAUUUAGAAAAUUGGAAGAACUCACCAAUUCACUUAGAGAGUUGAAAAGAACACUGGACGCAGUCACUGCUGAUCAUACAGAGGCUACUAGAAUUGCAAGACAGAAAAAAGAAGAAGCUGAAAAAUUGGCUUCACUUCGUGAUGAAGAAACUCAAAUACUUUUAGAAAAUUUACCAAAUGAUAUUGAUGAAAUUGAAGGAUUAAUUCAUGAAACUUAUUCAAAGAUUGAAUUAAUUGGUCAAACCAAUUCAACAGUCAUCCAAGAAUAUGAAAAAAGAAAAGCAGACAUUGAAAUGCAUCGUAAUAGAAUUGGCAACCAAAAGGAUAAACUAUCGUACAUUACAACCAACAUGGAAAAGACAAAACGAGAAUGGCUCGAACCAGUCAACGAAUUUAUUACGGAAAUUAAUCUAAGAUUUACCAAAUACUUUGAAAAUAUUGGUUGCCAAGGUGAAAUCAUUUUGGCUUUUGAUGAAAAGGAUCCAGAAGAUUUUGAAAGAUAUGCUAUUGAAAUUAGAGUUAAAUUUAGAGAAGAAGAACAAUUAAAAGCAUUAAAUGCUCAUCAACAAUCUGGUGGUGAAAGAUCAGUUUCAACAAUGUUAUUCUUAAUUUCAUUACAAGAUCUUACUAGUUGUCCAUUUAGAGUGGUGGAUGAAAUUAAUCAAGGUAUGGAUCCAAAGAAUGAAAGAAUGAUUUUCGAUCAAAUUGUAAAGACUGCAAACCGUCCAGGUCUGCCACAAUACUUCCUCAUUACACCAAAGCUUUUACACGACCUCGAAUAUUCACAACAUACCACUGUUUUAUGCGUUUUCACUGGGCCAUGGCACAUGACCCAAAGAGAUUGGGAAUCUUCUUUUUCAAAUACUAUUAAAAGUCGUGAAUUAUCAAAUUAA